UCGAUUCGAUUUGUGUUCCGGUCCGAACCGCGUACCUUACAUCAGGCCGUAGCAGGUAAUUUGGCAUGGAGAUGGGGUGAAAAGGUAUGAAUGACAGAGUCGGGAGCAAGAUGACGGCGUAAAAGUGAUACAAAUUUCCCUCCAAUUUCUUAGUCGUAACUUAUGCAAUACUCUCAACUUGCCCUCCAAUUCAUCAAUCCUUUCAGCGUUCCGGCAUCGCUUUCUGACUCUUUCCAUUUGUUCGUCCUGAAUGCCCUGCAAGUGAGUCUUGAUUUAACAAUAUUUUUACUGAUAAUAUUAAUUUGGGGAUAAUUACAUGAACGCUGUACUAGUUUCCUUUUACUUCCAUGUGGAAGAUAAUGAAACUGGGGAUCCAUAGGAUUUAUUUUGCUGGGAAUUUCCGAUGGUUAUACUUCAUAUGGGGAUUGUAGAAGUUAACAUGACUCAAUCCGGGGGAAAGAAGAACAAGGAGGACGAGACAAACGCCAAUUUUUCGGAUGCUGAUGAUAACACACAGCCUGAUGAUAAUCAAUCUUUCGCAAAAUGUGGUGAAAUUCAAAGCGAGGCUGAUAAGUGGCUAAUGAUGCAAAACACAAUGCAUGACGAUGAUCCGCUUCUAAAUGGGGAUGGUUUUGAGACUCAACCAGUUGAUCUUUAUGGUGAUACCCAAGUAUUAGAUUUUUCUGGUGAUACCCAAGUAGUUGAGGAUGUCGGUGAAACGCAAGUGGUUUAUGACCAUUACAGUGUAGAGCACAUGCAUACUCAGGUGUUAGACGAGUGCAACUCUGAAGCCAAGAGUGAUAGUGGUAAUGAAGGGAGUGAUAGAACUGAGAUCUUGGGUGAAACUCAAGAGAUAUCAGAUGAUAAUGCUACUUCUUUGACCCAGCUGAACUUUCAAAACACCAGCGUUGCUCAAGGUGUUGACAUAUGUUUGAGAGUAGAAUCAGAUGUUCUGAGUAACAAGACGUGUCAUGCAGGACCUGUGCAUGGGGGUAUAUCAAAUGGUGUGAGGAAUUUUAACAACACACAUGUUUCGGCGGAUAAUGUCGAACUUGAUGAAGUUCUAGGGAACGAAAAUGGGUGCAUGCUUGGUAGCUCAGCUGCGAGGAAACUUUUCACAGAGGAUACUUUAGAUGAAAUUGAAAAUCUAGUAGAUAGAAAUGAUUGUGCUGAUGAUGUAGCAGACUUGAAUCAGAUGUUUGCUUCAGAAAAUGUAUUGGCAGGGUUAAGUUAUGUUGAUUCUCAAGAACCCGGAGACGCAUCACAGGCUGAAGCUCUUGAUAUCGUUGACAAGUUUCUCAAGUUUAAUAGAGGUGUGGAUGAUGAGGACAUUGGCAUCGGAAAGACUUCGGCUGAAAAAACAAAGCAUGUGCCAAGUGCAAAAGGGAAAAAGAGUUUGGCUGUGCUAGGCUCUAGAAGCACACAUAAAUUAGGUGCUACCUUUGAUUGGGACAACAACUAUGAGGAUGAAGGUGGUGGUGAGUUUUUCCAAAAGAAUAAGGAUCUUUUAACUGAUAAAAAAACUUCUUCCUCCCGACGGAAGCCUAGACGACUUCAAAGUGAACAUAAUAAGGCAGUCGGUGACUGUGGAGGCGAAGUAGAGCUUCCGGACUCCUGCAAAAAGAAAGAUCUUACUUGCUCCGAUUCUAAUGUGAAAUUAAAAAGCAUUACAUUAAAUGUUGAAUCAGAAAAACCAAAAACCAGGGGUAAUUGUUUCAAAGAUCUAAACAAGCAGUUGAUUAAUAUGUUUGACGAUGUAGCAGAUGAUAAAACUGGCAAUAAUGACCCUAACAUGACAGAUGUUGGUAUUGAUACUCAAAUGGCAGCUGAAGUUGUGCAAUCAUUGUGCUAUGGUAGUUCUUUGGUCCAAGAUGGAUCUAUCACCGCAAACAGUUCUCUCAAAAGUGGAGCAAAUAAUGAGGCACAGCUGAGACAGAGCUCCUCAAAGAAAGGAACCCGCUCUACUCGAUCUGCCACACGACAAUCCCUGAAGGCAGAGCAGGUGAUUGCUAGAGCAGAAGAAAUUUCUAAAAAUGCCAAGCAAUGUGAUGGAAACAUGGAUUCAUCUGCCUGUAUGAUUGGUCAGAUGGUCCAUCUCAAAGGAAUAAAAACUCAUGGAACACGGGCGUCAUUGGCACAAGAAAAUCAUGCUCAGUAUAAUAUGAGGCCAAGCAAAUCGAUUACUGAUGGGAGUGCUCCUCGGUAUUUGAGUUCAAGAAAGAAAAGGCGUUUGGCCCCUAGUAGUGGUGCAGCUGAUGGUGGUGGCAUUUCAGUUCCAAAUAAUACAGUCACUGGAAAGGAUUCUAAAAACUGCAGUACAAAAAGUGAUGUACCGUGCAGAAAAACUACAAAUGCGAGUAGAGCAAAUGGUGGUGUAGAUGCCUCACCAAAACAUCAGUCUAGAACAUCAACUUCUCCAACUAAUACUCCGAUUAGUUGUAUGACAUCUAGGGUUGAGGCUUCACCUAUAUGUGUGGGUGAUGAGUAUCAUAGGUGUUCACGCCGGAAAAGUAUGUUGGGAUCAUCUCUUAUUAGAGAACUUAAUUCCUUGCAUAGCGUUGGUCUACUGGGGGAAUCCAAUGUCAAAGAUUCAAGAAGGCGGAGAGAUAUCACAAGUAUUCGAGUCUUGUUCAGCCGCCACCUAGAUCAAGAUAUAACAAGACAGCAAAAGAAGAUAUUAACUCGCUUGGGAGCUUCUCUUGCAUCCUCUAUGUCAGACGCCACUCAUUUUGUAACAGAUGAAUUUGUGCGUACAAGAAAUAUUCUGGAAGCUAUUGCCCUUGGGAAACCAGUGGUGACACACUUAUGGCUUGAGAGUUGUGGACAAGUUAGCUGUCUUAUAGAUGAAAAGAAUUAUAUACUGAGAGAUGUCAAGAAGGAAAGAGAGUUUGGCUUUAGCAUGCCUGUUUCUUUGGCACGAGCCAGUCAGCAUCCACUUUUAAAGGAUUGUAAAGUCUUUAUCACCCCAAAUACUAAGCCUGGUAGAGAAAUAUUAUUUGGUCUGGUGAAGGCAGUUCAUGGUUUGCCCAUUGAGAGAUGGGGAAGAUCUGCUAUGAAGGAUUUGACACCGACCGAUGGUAUUUUAAUUUUAUCUUGUGAAGAUGACUACGAUCUCUGUGUACCUUUCAUUGAGAAAGGAAAAACAGUUUAUAGCUCAGAGCUUCUACUGAAUGGGAUAGUUACUCAGAAACUUGAAUAUGAAAGGUAUGAAUUAUUCACAGACCAUUUCAAGAAAACACGAUCAGGAGCUUGGGUGAAGAAGAGUAUCAGUCAGAAUUCCCAUUUGAGGAAAUCAUAAUAAGUGUGCAUUCCAGAUUGUGUGUUGAUGUGCAGAUCACUUGUGCUUCGUUUUUGGGAUUGGAGUCUGUAUAUACUGAAUAUGUGCCUAUUGUGUAGCUGUUAUGUAGCCCGUUGUUAAUUUCUUCGGAGCAAACAAUUAUUCAACAUAAGUGACUUAUGAUGUUCUGAAGAGAUCGGGCCGGGACAUAAGUGUAAAAAGUUAUUUUUUCAGUUUUCAAUAUUUAUAAUAACAAUACAUAAUAGGGAAAAUGGAAACUAAUUAUCCAAACUUUAAGCGGUCUUUUUAUAAUA